CAUUGUGAAUACUUUUGUUGUUGAACAUCCACCCAUGGGUGCAAAAAUACUUUGCUUUCCUUUUUCUGUUCGGUGUUCCAUGAAUUUGGACUAAAAAAUGAAGCUUAACGUGUCUUACCCGGCUACAGGAUGCCAGAAACUAUUCGAAGUUGUGGAUGAACACAAGCUUCGUGUGUUCUAUGAGAAGCGAAUGGGACAAAUUGUAGAGGCUGAUGUGCUUGGAGAUGAAUGGAAAGGUUAUCAUCUUCGAAUCGCCGGUGGAAACGAUAAACAAGGUUUCCCGAUGAAACAAGGCGUCCUGUCCCACGGUCGUGUACGUCUGUUGUUGAAAAAGGGUCAUUCUUGCUACAGGCCUCGCCGUACUGGUGAGAGGAAAAGGAAAUCUGUUCGUGGUUGCAUUGUCGACGGCAACAUGUCGGUUUUGGCUCUCGUUAUUGUGAAGAAAGGUGAGCAAGAACUGCCCGGUCUCACUGACACAGCAGUUCCAAGAAGACUUGGUCCUAAACGUGCAAGCAAAAUUCGUAAGCUUUACAAUUUGACCAAGGAUGACGAUGUGCGCCGCUUUGUUGUUCGUCGCCCGUUGCCAGCAAAGGAUAAUAAGAAAGCCACAUCCAAGGCACCGAAGAUCCAGCGUCUAGUUACUCCAGUUGUCCUCCAAAGGAAGCGUAGACGUAUUGCACUGAAAAAGAAACGCCAAGCCGCAUCUAAAGAAGCCGCUGCUGAUUAUGCUAAAUUGUUGGCACAACGUAAGAAGGAGUCCAAGGCCAAACGUGAAGAGGCUAAGAGGCGGCGGUCUGCUUCUGUGAGAGAAUCGAAGAGCUCAAUUUCAAGUGACAAAAAGUAAUUUUUUUAAAAGGAUCCCAAAAUAAAGGAUUUAAAUAUCUUAACUU